GCGUCAGGCUGCACGCAAACAAUCGCGGUUGAAAUCAUGACGUCCAGCAGCAGGACCUUUGCUAUCCGCGUCCCCGCGACGUCCGCAAACAUUGGCCCAGGGUUUGACGUCGUCGGGCUCUCCCUCUCGCUCUACUUGACCCUCACGGUCACCGUUUCAACCUCUGAAUCCGAACGUGCAGCCCCGAUCAUCACCUACUCCGGCGAAGGCGCCGAUGAGGUACCCCUGGACGCGUACAAAAACCUCACCACCCGUGUCGCGCUCUACGUGCUCCGAUGCAACGGCGUGCGCACUUUCCCCUCCAUCACCACCAUGCACGCGCACAACGAGAUCCCCUUCGGAAGAGGACUGGGCUCGAGCGGUGCGGCGGUGAUAGCGGGAGUCCUGUUGGGAAACGAACUGGGGCAACUCGGGCUGUCUACCGAACGUCUGCUUGACUUCGCGCUCAUGGUAGAGCGUCAUCCGGACAACGUCACCGCGGCGCUCGUCGGGGGUUUCGUCGGAUCGUAUCUGCGCGAACUCGAUGCAGAGGCGACCGAGGCCGCGAGCGUGCCCCUUAGCGAAGUGCUGCCGGAGUACCCACCGGAUGCGGGCGAGGAAUGGGGUUUGAACCCUCCCCUGCCGCCUACGGGAAUCGGACACUACGUGCGGUUCAAGUGGGAGCAGAGCAUCAAGGCGGUCGCGAUCAUCCCGCAGUUUGAGCUGAGCACCGCAAAAGCACGAGACGUCUUGCCCACCCAAUACUCUCGGAAGGACCUGGUGUUCAAUCUCCAACGACUAGCGGUACUAACAACGGCGCUCGGUCAAUCGCCUCCCGAUCCGGAGCUGAUCUACGAAGCCAUGAAGGACCGGAUACAUCAGCCUUAUCGCAAGACCCUGAUUCCCGGCUUGCCCGAAGUCACCAGUCAGAUAACACCCCAAACGCAUCCCGGUCUACUGGGCAUAUGCCUGUCCGGCGCGGGCCCAACCAUCCUUGCCCUCGCCACAGGAGGCUUCGAAGCGAUAGCGGAGGACGCGCGCAAGAUCUUCAAGAAGGAGGGCAUUGAGGUUGAAUGGAAGGUGCUGGAGGUCGUAGGCGGAUGUGCUGUAACCCAAAAGUAAAUUACAUGUAUUUAGGAGUGACACCUCGCGACUGCAGAUAAUAGCAAAGGCAA